AGGGCCGGGCGUAGUAGUCAGUGCGGGUUUGUGGAAGAAGAAGAGGAAGCGAGAAUUACUACUCUGAAGAGAAUGCCCAAAGAAAAGUACGAACCCCCUGAUCCACGGAGGAUGUACACAAUUAUGUCCUCAGAAGAAGCAGCCAAUGGGAAAAAAUCACACUGGGCAGAGUUGGAAAUAAGCGGGAAAGUCAGAAGCCUGAGUUCAUCCUUGUGGUCACUGACUCACUUGACAGCUUUGCAUCUCAGUGACAAUUCCUUAUCCCGUAUUCCUUCAGAUAUUGCCAAGCUUCAUAACCUGAUUUAUUUGGAUCUGUCAUCUAAUAAGAUUCGCAGUUUACCAGCUGAGCUCGGAAACAUGGUGUCACUCAGGGAACUCCAUUUAAAUAACAACCUGUUACGAGUUCUACCAUUUGAGCUGGGAAAACUGUUCCAGUUACAGACCUUGGGUUUGAAAGGAAACCCACUUACACAGGACAUUCUGAAUCUUUAUCAGGAACCAGAUGGAACAAGAAGGCUACUGAAUUAUUUGCUUGAUAAUCUGGCAGGUACUGCAAAAAGAAUUUCAACAGAACAGCCUCCUCCCAGAUCUUGGAUUAUGCUGCAGGAACCAGAUAGGACAAGACCAACAGCUCUGUUUUCUGUCAUGUGUUACAAUGUUCUGUGUGAUAAGUAUGCUACUCGGCAGCUAUAUGGAUAUUGCCCAUCAUGGGCACUGAACUGGGAAUACAGGAAAAAAGCUAUAAUGCAGGAAAUUUUGAGUUGUAAUGCUGACAUCAUAAGUCUUCAGGAGGUUGAAACUGAGCAGUACUACAGUUUUUUCCUAGCAGAAUUGAAAGAACGUGGGUACAAUGGAUUCUUUAGUCCAAAAUCCCGGGCUAGAACAAUGUCUGAACAAGAGAGAAAGCAUGUUGAUGGUUGUGCAAUAUUUUUUAAGACAGAAAA